UAGGUUUUCUUAUUGCUCCAGGUGCUGCUGGUGGAAGCUUCUCAGUCCUUGGGAUCUUUUCAGGGAAACCAAAACUGAAUAAACUGAGAAUUUAGAUGCUCUAAGUGAAACCCAUCAAGUCAUCCAUGAAAAUGGUGGCCCUAUCCUUAAAGAUCUGUGUCCGCCACUGCAAUGUGGUGAAGACCAUGCAGUUUGAGCCGUCUACAGCUGUGUAUGACGCCUGUCGAGUCAUUCGGGAGAGAGUCCCUGAAGCACAGACCGGGCAAGCUUCUGACUAUGGACUGUUUCUUUCUGAUGAAGACCCCAGGAAAGGGAUUUGGCUAGAAGCAGGUCGGACACUGGAUUACUACAUGUUGCGGAAUGGGGACAUUCUGGAGUACAAGAAGAAACAGAGGCCUCAGAAAAUCCGAAUGUUGGAUGGCUCUGUGAAGACGGUGAUGGUGGAUGACUCCAAGACCGUGGGGGAGCUCCUGGUCACAAUCUGCAGCAGGAUAGGAAUAACAAAUUAUGAAGAAUACUCUUUAAUCCAAGAAACCAUUGAAGAAAAGAAAGAAGAAGGGACAGGCACACUAAAAAAAGACAGGACGUUGCUACGAGAUGAGAGGAAGAUGGAGAAGCUGAAGGCCAAGCUGCACACGGAUGAUGACCUAAAUUGGCUAGAUCACAGCCGGACAUUCAGAGAGCAAGGCGUGGAUGAAAAUGAAACAUUGCUGCUUCGACGGAAGUUCUUUUACUCUGAUCAGAAUGUGGACUCGAGAGACCCAGUACAGUUGAACUUGCUUUACGUCCAGGCUCGGGAUGACAUCCUGAAUGGCUCUCACCCUGUCUCCUUCGAGAAGGCAUGUGAGUUUGGUGGGUUCCAAGCCCAGAUACAGUUUGGACCUCACGUGGAACAUAAACAUAAGCCUGGAUUCUUAGAUCUAAAGGAAUUCCUGCCCAAAGAGUACAUCAAGCAGCGAGGAGCCGAGAAGCGAAUAUUUCAGGAACAUAAAAACUGUGGAGAGAUGAGUGAAAUAGAAGCCAAGGUGAAGUAUGUGAAACUCGCCCGAUCCCUCCGGACAUAUGGCGUGUCCUUUUUUCUGGUGAAGGAAAAAAUGAAAGGCAAGAACAAGCUGGUUCCCCGCCUCCUGGGCAUCACCAAGGACUCUGUCAUGCGUGUGGAUGAGAAGACCAAGGAGGUGCUGCAGGAGUGGCCUCUCACCACGGUCAAGCGCUGGGCAGCUUCACCUAAGAGCUUCACUCUGGAUUUUGGGGAGUACCAAGAAAGCUACUAUUCAGUACAGACCACAGAGGGGGAGCAAAUAUCCCAGCUGAUUGCAGGAUACAUUGACAUCAUCCUCAAGAAGAAACAAAGCAAAGAUAGAUUUGGGCUGGAAGGGGAUGAGGAGUCAACUAUGUUAGAAGAGUCAGUUUCCCCAAAAAAAUCUACCAUCUUGCAGCAGCAGUUCAACCGCACUGGGAAGGCAGAGCAUGGUUCGGUGGCACUGCCAGCUGUCAUGCGCUCUGGCUCCAGUGGGCCUGAGACUUUCAAUGUUGGCAGCAUGCCGUCCCCCCAGCAGCAGGUCAUGGUCGGACAGAUGCACCGAGGACACAUGCCUCCGCUGACUUCGGCACAGCAAGCCCUUAUGGGGACCAUCAACACAAGCAUGCACGCUGUCCAGCAGGCUCAGGAUGACCUCAGUGAGCUCGACUCACUGCCACCUCUCGGCCAAGAUAUGGCAUCUAGGGUAUGGGUUCAGAACAAAGUGGAUGAAUCCAAGCAUGAAAUCCACUCUCAAGUCGAUGCUAUCACAGCUGGUACAGCUUCAGUUGUCAACCUCACAGCUGGUGACCCCGCAGACACUGACUACACAGCCGUGGGCUGUGCAAUCACUACAAUUUCUUCCAACCUGACCGAAAUGUCCAAGGGGGUCAAGUUGCUGGCGGCCCUCAUGGACGAUGACGUGGGCAGUGGGGAGGACCUUCUCAGAGCUGCCAGGACCCUCGCCGGGGCCGUGUCUGAUUUACUGAAGGCUGUGCAGCCUACUUCUGGAGAGCCUCGACAGACUGUUUUGACUGCUGCGGGAAGCAUUGGCCAAGCCAGUGGAGAUCUCCUGAGACAGAUCGGAGAGAACGAGACGGAUGAGAGAUUCCAAGAUGUUUUAAUGAGUCUCGCUAAAGCUGUUGCCAACGCUGCUGCCAUGUUAGUACUCAAGGCGAAGAAUGUGGCCCAGGUGGCUGAAGACACCGUCCUCCAGAACAGGGUGAUCGCCGCAGCCACCCAGUGUGCCCUCUCCACCUCGCAGCUUGUGGCGUGUGCUAAGGUGGUGAGCCCCACCAUCAGCUCCCCCGUGUGCCAGGAGCAGCUGAUCGAAGCUGGGAAGCUGGUGGACCGCUCUGUGGAAAACUGUGUCCGUGCCUGCCAGGCGGCCACCGGUGACAGUGAGCUCCUGAAGCAGGUCAGCGCGGCGGCCAGCGUGGUCAGCCAGGCCCUGCACGACCUCCUGCAGCACGUGCGGCAGUUCGCCAGCCGGGGCGAGCCCAUUGGCCGCUAUGACCAGGCCACCGACACCAUCAUGUGUGUCACUGAGAGCAUCUUCAGUUCCAUGGGGGAUGCUGGUGAGAUGGUGCGCCAAGCCCGGGUGCUGGCCCAGGCCACAUCAGAUCUUGUCAACGCCAUGAGGUCAGAUGCGGAGGCUGAGAUUGACAUGGAGAAUUCCAAGAAGCUCCUGGCAGCCGCAAAGCUCUUGGCCGACUCCACCGCCCGCAUGGUGGAAGCUGCAAAGGGGGCUGCAGCCAACCCGGAGAACGAAGACCAGCAGCAAAGGCUGAGAGAAGCUGCCGAGGGUCUCAGGGUAGCAACCAACGCUGCUGCACAGAACGCUAUUAAGAAAAAAAUCGUCAACCGGCUGGAGGUUGCAGCCAAGCAGGCUGCAGCUGCUGCCACACAGACCAUUGCAGCCUCCCAGAAUGCAGCCAUCUCCAACAAGAACCCCUCGGCCCAGCAGCAACUGGUGCAGAGCUGCAAGGCAGUGGCUGAUCACAUCCCUCAGCUAGUGCAGGGGGUGAGGGGGAGCCAAGCUCAAGCAGAAGACCUCAGCGCCCAGCUGGCCCUCAUCAUCUCCAGUCAGAACUUCCUGCAGCCUGGAAGCAAGAUGGUGUCCUCUGCUAAGGCGGCCGUGCCCACUGUGAGUGACCAGGCCGCAGCCAUGCAGCUGAGUCAGUGCGCCAAGAACCUGGCGACCAGCCUUGCUGAGCUGCGCACUGCCUCACAGAAGGCCCACGAAGCCUGUGGUCCUAUGGAAAUCGAUUCUGCACUCAACACAGUGCAGACUCUCAAGAGUGAGCUUCAGGACGCCAAGAUGGCCGCUGCAGAAAGUCAACUGAAACCACUUCCGGGAGAAACACUAGAAAAGUGCGCUCAGGACCUGGGAAGCACCUCUAAGGGAGUGGGCUCCUCCAUGGCGCAGCUCCUCACCUGCGCUGCUCAAGGCAAUGAGCACUACACAGGCGUGGCAGCUAGAGAAACAGCUCAAGCUCUGAAAACACUGGCCCAGGCUGCCCGGGGAGUGGCUGCAUCUACAAAUGACCCUGAGGCCGCUCAUGCCAUGUUAGAUUCUGCUCGGGAUGUGAUGGAGGGCUCUGCCAUGCUCAUCCAAGAAGCUAAGCAGGCCUUAAUCGCACCUGGAGAUACGGAAAGUCAGCAGAGAUUAGCCCAGGUGGCCAAAGCUGUGUCCCACUCACUGAAUAACUGCGUGAAUUGCCUCCCUGGUCAGAAGGAUGUGGAUGUUGCCUUGAAGAGCAUCGGGGAGUCCAGCAAGAAGCUACUUGUAGAUUCGCUCCCUCCAAGCACAAAGCCUUUCCAGGAAGCCCAGAGUGAGCUGAACCAGGCUGCUGCUGAUCUGAACCAGUCUGCCGGGGAAGUCGUCCACGCCACAAGGGGGCAGAGUGGAGAGCUGGCGGCCGCUUCUGGGAAGUUCAGUGAUGACUUUGACGAGUUCCUGGAUGCAGGCAUUGAGAUGGCUGGCCAGGCACAGACGAAAGAAGACCAGAUGCAAGUGAUCGGGAACCUGAAGAACAUCUCUAUGGCGUCCAGCAAGCUACUGUUAGCUGCCAAGUCUCUCUCUGUAGAUCCUGGAGCUCCCAACGCAAAAAAUCUUUUGGCUGCAGCUGCAAGAGCUGUGACAGAGAGCAUCAAUCAGCUCAUCAUGCUGUGCACUCAGCAGGCCCCCGGGCAGAAGGAGUGUGACAAUGCCCUUCGUGAGCUCGAGACUGUCAAGGGGAUGUUGGAAAACCCUAAUGAGCCCGUGAGCGACCUCUCUUACUUUGACUGCAUUGAGAGUGUGAUGGAGAACUCCAAGGUUCUGGGCGAGUCAAUGGCAGGGAUUUCACAGAAUGCCAAAACUGGAGACCUCCCUGCCUUCGGAGAAUGCGUGGGGAUUGCAUCCAAGGCUCUCUGUGGGCUGACAGAGGCAGCAGCCCAGGCUGCGUACCUGGUUGGCAUCUCUGAUCCAAACAGCCAGGCAGGCCACCAAGGCCUGGUGGACCCCAUCCAGUUUGCCAGGGCCAACCAGGCGAUCCAGAUGGCAUGCCAGAACUUGGUGGACCCUGGCAGCAGCCCAUCACAGGUUCUGUCGGCUGCCACCAUUGUUGCCAAGCACACCUCAGCCUUAUGCAAUGCCUGCCGCAUCGCCUCGUCCAAGACAGCCAACCCUGUGGCCAAGAGGCACUUUGUCCAGUCAGCCAAGGAGGUGGCCAACAGCACCGCCAACCUGGUCAAGACCAUCAAGGCCCUGGAUGGGGAUUUCUCUGAAGACAACCGCAAUAAGUGUCGAAUUGCUACCACGCCCUUGAUCGAGGCUGUGGAGAACCUGACAGCAUUUGCAUCCAACCCUGAGUUUGCCAGCAUUCCUGCACAGAUCAGCUCUGAGGGCUCCCAGGCACAGGAACCAAUCUUGGUCUCAGCCAAGACCAUGCUGGAGAGCUCAUCGUACCUCAUCCGCACCGCACGCUCUCUGGCCAUCAACCCCAAGGAUCCACCCACCUGGUCUGUGUUGGCUGGGCACUCUCACACUGUGUCUGACUCUAUUAAGAGUCUCAUCACGUCUAUCAGGGACAAAGCCCCAGGGCAGAGGGAAUGUGACUACUCCAUUGAUGGCAUCAACCGGUGCAUCAGGGACAUCGAGCAGGCCUCCCUGGCGGCAGUGAGCCAGAGCCUGGCCACGAGGGAUGACAUCUCUGUGGAGGCCCUACAGGAGCAGCUGACCUCGGUGGUCCAGGAGAUAGGGCAUCUUAUUGAUCCCAUUGCCACAGCAGCACGAGGAGAAGCUGCCCAACUUGGACAUAAGGUGACACAGCUGGCAAGCUACUUUGAGCCAUUGAUCUUAGCUGCAGUCGGUGUCGCCUCCAAGAUGCUGGACCAUCAACAACAGAUGACAGUGCUAGACCAGACCAAAACUCUCGCAGAGUCUGCCCUGCAGAUGCUGUAUGCAGCCAAAGAAGGUGGAGGAAACCCCAAGGCACAGCACACCCACGAUGCCAUCACAGAGGCUGCACAGCUGAUGAAGGAAGCUGUGGAUGACAUUAUGGUGACGCUGAAUGAAGCUGCCAGUGAGGUGGGGCUGGUGGGAGGCAUGGUAGACGCCAUCGCAGAGGCCAUGAGCAAGCUGGAUGAAGGCACACCUCCAGAACCAAAGGGAACUUUUGUUGACUACCAGACGACUGUGGUUAAAUAUUCCAAAGCCAUUGCCGUCACAGCUCAGGAAAUGAUGACUAAGUCGGUUACUAACCCGGAGGAGUUGGGAGGCCUGGCUUCACAAAUGACCACUGACUAUGGGCACCUGGCUCUCCAGGGCCAGAUGGCAGCAGCCACCGCCGAACCAGAGGAGAUUGGAUUCCAGAUUCGCACACGCGUGCAGGACCUUGGCCAUGGCUGUAUCUUCCUGGUGCAGAAGGCAGGGGCCCUCCAGGUUUGCCCCACAGACAGCUACACCAAGAGGGAGCUGAUCGAGUGUGCCCGUUCUGUCACCGAGAAGGUGUCCUUGGUGCUGUCUGCUCUCCAGGCUGGGAACAAGGGGACCCAGGCAUGCAUCACGGCUGCAACUGCAGUUUCUGGGAUCAUUGCCGAUCUGGACACCACCAUUAUGUUUGCAACAGCUGGGACGCUGAAUGCUGAAAAUGGCGAGACCUUUGCCGAUCACAGGGAGAACAUUCUGAAGACAGCCAAGGCCUUGGUGGAAGACACAAAGCUGCUCGUGUCGGGGGCCGCGUCCACUCCAGACAAGCUGGCCCAGGCAGCUCAGUCCUCAGCAGCAACCAUCACCCAGCUUGCGGAGGUGGUCAAGCUGGGGGCCGCCAGCCUGGGCUCCAAUGACCCUGAGACCCAGGUGGUACUGAUAAAUGCCAUCAAAGACGUGGCCAAGGCCCUUUCCGAUCUCAUUGGUGCUACCAAGGGAGCUGCCAGCAAGCCAGCUGAUGACCCCUCCAUGUACCAGCUCAAGGGAGCCGCCAAGGUGAUGGUGACCAAUGUCACCUCCCUUCUUAAGACUGUGAAGGCAGUGGAAGACGAGGCCACCCGGGGCACAAGGGCACUUGAGGCCACCAUCGAGUACAUAAAACAGGAGCUCACAGUGUUCCAGUCAAAAGACAUACCUGAGAAGACAUCAUCACCCGAGGAAUCAAUAAGAAUGACGAAAGGUAUCACCAUGGCAACAGCCAAAGCAGUGGCAGCCGGGAACUCAUGUAGACAAGAGGAUGUGAUUGCCACCGCCAAUCUGAGCAGGAAGGCUGUCUCAGAUAUGUUGAUAGCUUGCAAGCAAGCAUCCUUCUACCCUGACGUCAGUGAAGAGGUGCGAACCAGAGCCUUGCGGUAUGGCACGGAGUGCACCCUGGGCUACCUGGACCUACUAGAACACGUCUUGGUGAUCCUUCAGAAGCCAACCCCAGAACUCAAGCAUCCGCUGGCUGCUCUCUCCAAGAGAGUUGCCGGUGCUGUGACUGAGCUCAUCCAGGCAGCGGAAGCCAUGAAAGGAACAGAGUGGGUAGAUCCAGAAGACCCAACCGUCAUUGCAGAAACUGAGUUACUGGGAGCUGCAGCAUCCAUUGAAGCCGCUGCCAAGAAGUUAGAGCAACUGAAGCCGAGAGCAAAGCCAAAGCAAGCAGACGAGACCCUGGAUUUUGAAGAACAGAUCUUAGAAGCUGCUAAAUCCAUUGCUGCUGCCACAAGUGCCCUGGUCAAAUCGGCCUCAGCAGCCCAGAGGGAGCUGGUGGCCCAAGGCAAGGUGGGCUCCAUCCCUGCCAACGCCGCCGAUGAUGGACAGUGGUCACAGGGGCUGAUCUCUGCCGCCCGGAUGGUGGCGGCAGCAACCAGCAGUCUCUGUGAGGCAGCCAAUGCCUCUGUUCAGGGACAUGCCAGUGAGGAAAAGCUCAUCUCAUCCGCCAAGCAGGUCGCAGCCUCGACCGCUCAGCUGCUGGUGGCCUGCAAGGUGAAGGCCGACCAGGAUUCAGAGGCCAUGAAGCGGCUACAGGUAAUGGUCACUGAUGCUGGUGGGAAAAUACUCCUGUUGGAGCGGGCGGCAGGAAAUGCUGUGAAAAGAGCCUCAGACAAUCUUGUCCGUGCAGCCCAGAAGGCAGCAUUUGGCAAAGCGGAUGAUGACGAUGUUGUGGUGAAAACCAAGUUUGUGGGAGGCAUUGCUCAGAUCAUUGCAGCCCAGGAGGAAAUGCUGAAGAAAGAACGAGAGCUAGAGGAAGCCAGGAAGAAGCUGGCCCAGAUCCGCCAGCAGCAGUACAAAUUCCUACCCACAGAGCUGAGGGAAGAUGAGGGCUAGAACCCGCCCAUGGUGGCGAGCCCCAGGAGGUGGUUCCUACUCCCCCAACAAGAACUGGACAUACCGGCGUUCCCCAGAGCCAGGAACUCCUGGAAACUGCUGGCCCUCCACCUGGAGUCUCUCUCGUCUCAGUCCUGUCACCAUCAGCUGCAUGAUCAUGAUCUCACACGGUACAGUGUCCCACCCACAGCUCCUCCAGCUCCCCUCACGCCUCGCUAUAUCUCAGGACAGAGGGGGCGCACGUUUCGUGGACUGUUACCAAAAAGAAAAGUCAGUAUUAUGUUGUUCUCAGACACCUUUACUCUUUGUCCUCCAAGACUGCUCCAGGGCCUCUUUGUGAAAUCCCACUAGGAGAAGAACAAUGACAGUAAUGGCUCACAGGAAUCAUUGAUAUCAUGGACACGGAUAUUCUCUCUCUAGAGAGAAGACCGAGCUGGAGUUGGACACUGUUAAUAAAGCCAGAAACACUCCCAAGUGGAUCUGGGGUCUGGAGUCACAGAGGUCCUUGUAAGUGUGGAGCACCAAUCACCCACGGGGGGAGAAGAUCCCCCACCCCGUUUGCACGCUUUUCUUGCCUCAGUGCGUAAGCUCCUUGUACAACUACACCCAUCUUGUAUUCUGUGGCCCAGAAAAAAAAUGGAAGUUAUUUUUAUUUUUUUUCCCUCCAUAUUCCAAAGGGCAGAGUUGUGGAAAGUGGUCAGGGUCAGGUGGGCAGGGGCCAGAAUAAAACACUGGGCUCCUUUACUCGGCAAGGCGGUUUCAGUUUAUGCAGACGCACACACGGAGACUAUGUCCCUGAUGGAUCCCAGUGCAGCGCCCCCUGGAGGAAGAGUCAGGUAGUGUUUAGGAAAGAGGUUCCCAUGUUUGAGCCCCAUCAUCAGUUCCUGUGCUCUUAGGGAGGGUCCAAGUUCAAGAAGGAAAAUUAUUUGUUUAGAACUUUGACCUUUGAUCCCAAGAAGGCAUUUCCCACCAUGUAUCUCAAUAUUCCCCAAUCUGAGUGUGCCCUGUGGUCAAGGCGGACCUGGGUGACAGUGUCCUGCUUAUUGUCACAGAAGUGUUUUCACAGUGCAUCAUUUGGGUGCUGCACUCUCAGCCCUCCAGACGUCUCCCCCUUGUGCCUUUUCUCUUAGAGCCCUCUUCUGGCAAGGACAUUAUAGAUCCCUGAGUUUACAUUUGAGCUGAGCCUCUACCUAAGGUGAUGGGAGGAGGGAGAGCCUAAUACCAAUACCAAGCGUGUUUUCAUGAAUUCAUGGAGAGGUAGCGGGGGCGUGCUGUGACUGUAGCUCAACUGUUGGCCUGGUUAGCAUGCGCUGGGUCCCAUCACAGAAACUCAAUGUGGUGGCACACUAGGGAGACAGAGGUAGGUGGAUCAGAAGUUCAAGAUUACCUUUGGCUAAAUAUUAAGUCAGAGACCAGCCUUGGCUACAUGAGACCCUGCCUCCAAAGGAGAAAAAGCAGCUAAUAAUGGAGGCCUAUGGUCCUCAAGGCUAAUGGCUGCUGGAGGCAGGCUUUCUCCCCUUAAGGAUCCACUAGCGCACUGUAUACUGGACUCACCACUUAGAUCCAGAUUUCUACCAAAGAGGAAAUACUGGUACACUGGUCCUCAGAAAGAAAAGAAUCCACCUUCAACGUUGCCAGAUGAGUCUCCUCCAGCAGACUCUCUCCUGUUCCGCAACUCCAAAAUAUAAUUAAAUUCUGACACCUUCCCAGAUGUGUAGAGACUUAUAAAUGCUGCACAAAGGAAUUCCUUUGAGACAGGUAGAAGGAUCUAAGUGUGGUGAGAAUGAAAAGCAAAUGUAGGGUACACAUGGAAGGAGUGAGGCCAUGCUAGCAUCAGAUCCAACAGAGCAGGGCUGCUCUAGCGCUGGGAGAGCCUAAUGCUGGGAGCCCUUGAUGCUCAUGGGAAAGCAAAUCGCCUGGCUCACACCCUUUGAGUGUAACUCUUCAUGCCUUUGCUGGGUACCUCCCAAAACGAUUAAGCAAGGCCCCAAAGCUCAUGAUCAAGAUGUGACAGUGGCCUCACACAGUAGGACCAGAGGCCCUCCUGCAGCUGGCUCACCCACUUUCCUAUAGGCAUCUGCCCCUCACCACCCCUUCCACCUGUCCCCUGUCACAUUGGACAUUCCAGGGGCAGCGCAAGGACAGAUACUGAGUGCCCAUCCCUGCCCCAGGGUAGUUUAAAACCUUCGCAGAAGUGAACACAGGAGAAAACCUCUAACAAAUGACGGGUAAAGGGCCGUUCUCUACAGCUGUGAGGGGCGUCUCAGGACAAUGGGAGUGUGCCCUCCUGUCUGCAUUGUUGUGAACUUUGGGGGAAGAUCGUUCCCAGGUAUCACCUGCCAUGGUCAUAGGCCCAUUUCUUGCCUGUCCCUCACUUGUCCAUGCUGUGUCCAUGUCUGUGAAUGUCCUCAUGGCUGGCUGGACCUCUCCUCAUUUCACAAAAAGGAUGAAAUGCUGGACGGUGGGCAUUCCUUAAUCAGUGCUGCUGCCGAUGUCCCCAGAGGCACAGAGCAGACUCCUGGCUCCUAAGGGAGAAAGAACGUAGAUGUAGUGAAUUGCAUCUUGGAGUAGUUUCAAGGCCAAGUGGCCCAAGGCCUGGAACAUGAAGUCCAUCCCUCUGUGAGAGGGGGACUUGCAGUUGAGUGCUCUGGUCCCGUGAGAGAGGCCGACAUUUGGUGUUGAAUCCUUACACUGAUCUUUUUGUCCAAAAUGUCCAUUUUUGAUGAUCAAAAGAGGGAUGUACCUGGUGGCUGGGAAAUUGCAUUUGGCUUGCUUCUGUCUCUCAGCGGUCUUUAGACAAGGAUGCAAAAGCCAUGUUUGGUCAGACAGCCCUGGGUAGCACUUCCACUGGCCAGUUGGGACUGGUCUUGGAGGUCAUCACAGACAGAUACUUAGGACCUAGGCAGUCCUCCGGUUGUCACUGGUGAUUUCCAGAAGCAGCUUCCCUGGCUGCAGUCUGACGCACGGGCUUUCAGGGCUAAGCCACCACAGACCUUCUGGCAUACACUCUUCGUCCAGAAAACCCCUCUAAGCCUCUCGGCACAACUCGUCUGCUUGCUGUCUGAGUUCUCUACCAGCUGGUGAGAGUAUGGACAGCUGAAACCAAGUGUUAAAAACCGUAUUAAAGAGGUGUGACAGUGUACAACUAGAAUCCCAGCACUGGGGAGGUGGAGGCAGGAGAAUUGCAAGUUUAAGGCCAACCUGGGCUGGGUAGCAAGAUCCUGUCUCAGAAAACCAAAGGCUAGUAGGUAUAACUUAGUGUUAAAAAUGCUUGCCUCAUAAGUGCAAGGAUGGCCCUGGGCUUGUUCCCAGCGACGCACACAGACUUUAGCCAAAGUGUUCAGCCACCUAAAAGCACGUAUUUAUUCCCACCUCCUAAGUGGCCCCAGAACCAGAAUCUCAUGAAGGAAGCAGGGUGGGGGAGGUAAGAGAUGCUCGCUGCACCUCCUCUUUCCCCUCUGGUAGGUAGUCCCCCUAAUCUCCCUGAGCUUUGCAGUUCUGGGCUAAGGUUGGGCCUCUGGGAUGUAAGGCUUAAGAUCCCAACACUGAUUGUAUGCUCUGCUCAGAUGCCUAGAGGAAUGAAUUCUGUGAGUGAGCGCUCAGACACAUCUAAAAGACUGAGCAAGUUGCAAGGAAUUGGAAGGAAAUGGUCGCUUACAGGCUGAGAGGCAGCAGUGCCCAGAAUCCUAAAAGCCAAAGGUCUUAGGGGCCAUGCUGGUGGCUCAGGUCUUACCUCUCCACAGAGUCCCUCCCAUAGGGUCAGCACCCUCCGCUAAGGAAGGUGCUCCUAGGAAGGCAUCCUCCACAAACCCCGACACCACUGCUCCACUGUCAUGAGCUUGCACUUGGUGUGUUAAGGUUAUGGUCACUGGGACUGAGCAUGAGGAGAGACCUUCCAGUAGCCUCACAAUACUAUGAAGAAGGGAUGACACUUUUCUGUGAAAUGGGCUAGAUUUUAUCUGGUCUCCCUGGAACCCAGCUCGCUGCCCACCAGGAAGCAAUAGCAUGCGAGCCCUUCUGCAGCCAUGUCUGACAGAGACAAGAAAGGGAAGCUCUGCCCUUGUCAUAAUGUUUAAUCACAUAAAUUAAUUUAUCUAAUCACAUAAAUUAUUUUUUUUAUUCAUCAGAAAUAAACUUUUAAAGGAA